GUGAAAUAAUAAUGGCUAAUUGUUUGAUAUUGGUGGGGAUAGUCUUUGCUUUUCUGUGCAGCUCAGCAGUCUUUGGCACGCAGGUUUCGCACGACGGUAGAGCUAUUUUAAUUGAUGGCCAGCGUAGAGUUUUGUUUUCGGGCUCCAUUCACUAUCCCCGAAGCACUCCGGAGAUGUGGCCUGAUUUGAUAAAGAAGGCCAAGGAAGGAGGCCUUGAUGCAAUUGAGACAUAUGUCUUUUGGAAUGCUCAUGAGCCUCAAAGACGUCAGUAUAAUUUCGAGGGGAAUUUAGAUCUGGUUAGAUUCAUGAAGGAGAUUCAAAAUGCUGGACUUUAUGCUAUACUUCGCAUUGGCCCUUAUGUUUGUGCUGAAUGGAACUAUGGUGGGCUGCCAGCUUGGUUGCGUCAGAUUCCAGGCCUACAAAUGAGGACUAAUAACCAGCCUUUUAAGGAUGAAAUGCAAAAUUUUGUAACACUAAUUGUGAACAUGGUCAAGCAAGAAAGCCUCUUGGCACCACAAGGUGGUCCAAUCAUAAUUACUCAGAUUGAAAAUGAAUAUGGGAAUAUUCAAUGGCCAUAUGGUGAUGCUGGCAAGCAAUAUAUCAAUUGGUGCGCACAGCUAGCAGAAUCUUAUCAAAUUGAUGUUCCAUGGAUUAUGUGCCAACAACCAGAUGCCCCUCAACCUAUGAUCAAUACAUGCAAUGGAUUUUACUGCGACAGCUUCGAGCCCAAUAACUCCACAAGUCCGAAGUUGUGGACAGAAAACUGGACGGGAUGGUUUAAAGCUUGGGAUAAACCUGAUCCCCACAGACUUGCUGAAGAUCUAGCUUUUUCUGUCGCACGCUUCUUUCAGUCCGGUGGCACGCUUCAAAAUUAUUAUAUGUAUCAUGGCGGAACUAAUUUCGGACGAACUACGGGAGGCCCGUAUAUCACGACAACAUAUGAUUAUGAUGCUCCUCUUGAUGAAUAUGGAAAUAUACGACAACCAAAGUGGGGACAUUUGAAGAACCUUCAUGAUGCCAUCAAGAAGAUGGAGAAAGCACUGAUUUAUGGAUUUGCAAAUACUACAGAACUUGGCAAUGGCUUAUCAGUUACAAAAUUCUCCGAUAAUGGUGUCGUACCUGGCUGCAUCUUGGCUAACAAGAACAAAACUGAUGAUGCCACCUUAGAUUUUGAAGGAGCCAACUACUCCUUACCUGCAUGGUCUGUCAGUGUUCUUCCUGAUUGUAAACAAGAAGUUUACAACACUGCCAAGAUCAAUGUUCAAACUUCGAUCAUGGUGAAGAAGUCGAAUCAAGCAGAGGCAGAACCAACAAAUCUUAUCUGGUCAUGGAAGCCCGAGAACUUGAGCGAAGCUCUCCAUGGCGACGCGGCCGAUUUUACUAUAAAUAUGCUUAAAGAUCAAAUAUUGGCCAGUGUGGAUGCUAGUGACUACUUGUGGUACAUAACAAGUGUGAAUUUGUCACAAACUCAACAAAUGAGGCUUCAGGUUAACACAACUGGACAUAUUCUUCAUGCAUUUAUAAAUGGGGAUCUCAUUGGUUCUGAGUAUGCCCCCAAUGGAAGGUUCUCAUUUGUGUUUGAAAAGGAAGUUGUAAUACAAGGAGGAGUUAAUAUCAUCUCACUACUGAGUGCAACAGUUGGUCUCAAGAACUAUGGUGCUUACUAUGAGCUGAUGCCUGCUGGAAUUGUUGGUGGUCCAGUGAAAUUAAUUGGAAAUUAUAACAACACAAUUGAUUUGUCAGGAAACACAUGGUCUUAUAAGGUGGGACUUGAUGGGGAGAAGAAACAAUUGUAUCUUGACUACUCUAAUUCAUCAUGGCACACAGAGGGCAGACUUCCAAAAAUGUCUCCUUUCACUUGGUAUAAGGUAAAGUUUCAUUACAAUUUAGAUUAGUUAUUA